AUGGCCGCUAGACAGAAACAGCUGAUGUUGGAAAGAUGGCGAGGCAGUAUCUACAAGCUGGUGUGGCCUGACCUUGUCAUGUUUCUGCUCGUUUACUACACCCUUAGUUUCAUCUACAGGUUCUCCCUGGAUCCAGACCAAAAGAAGGUGUUUGAGGGCGUGGUGAAGUACUGCGAAAGCUACAGUGAUCUCAUUCCAUUAUCCUUUGUUCUUGGUUUUUAUGUCUCAAUUGUGAUGCAAAGGUGGUGGAAUCAGUACGUCAGUAUCCCAUGGCCAGAUUCUAUAGCUGUGUUUGUCAGCUCCAAUAUACACGGGCAGGAUGAGCGUGGGCGCGUGAUGCGUCGGACAAUCAUGCGAUAUGUCUGCCUUUCUUUAACCAUGAUAUUCACCAUGAACAGUCCGAGAGUUAAGAAACGAUUUCCAACACUGGACCACUUUGUUGAAGCUGGUCUUCUUACAGAAAAUGAAAAGUCUAUAAUGAAUGACUUAAACAAUAAAUUCCCAAGGCAUACUAAACACUGGCUGCCCAUCGUAUGGGCUGCGAGCAUAGUGACGAGAGCCAGAAAGGAAGGCAGGAUACGAGAUGACUUUGCAGUGAAGACCAUCAUCGACGAACUGAACAAGUUUCGUGGACAGUGCGGCCUUUUGCUAAGCUAUGACUCCAUCAGUGUGCCCCUGGUGUAUACUCAGGUAAAUUGCACGACUGUUCUCUUUAUGUUUUUCCCUAUGUUCACAGCAUUACAAGCAAGAAGUAUUCUGAAUAAAAAUACUUCAAUCUCUGCCGUAGACAUUCACUUUCCUAUUUUUCACUUUGUUCAGUUCUUCUUCUACAUGGGAUGGCUGAAAGUGGCAGAGAGUUUAAUUAAUCCAUUUGGAGAAGAUGAUGAUGAUUUUGAAGUAAACUGGCUGGUAGACAGGAACCUACAGGUUUCUUAUCUCAUUGUGGAUGAAAUGCAUCAUGAACACCCAGAACUGAUCAAAGACCAGUAUUGGGAUGAAGUGUUCCCUGCUCAGUUGCCAUACACAGUUGCAGCUGAGCAGUUCCGAGAAGAACAUCCCCAACCUUCAACUGCUAACAUCGAGGUGCCCAAAUCAGCAGCUGAGUAUUCUGCAGCUUCAUCAAUCAGGAUUGAUGACAUUGGCGAUCAUGCUUAUGAUGAUGCACAGAGUGGAAUACAGUUCUCAGCUGGCCCAAAAAGAAGGAGUAUAAGUCGUGUGAACACACGAGAACGCAUGACGUCUGCUGGUUCGGCUACUAGUAUGAAUACAGGAAGCCAGGCCAGCUCACUGCACCGUUCGGGUUCAGUAAAGUCUGUUAUCUGGCGCCUCUUCUCCAGGGAAGGGCCUACUGGAACAACCGCUGCAACUCAAACACCUGUCACUGUAGAUGGAGGUGGGUGGUCCUAAAUGUCCUAAAAUAAUGUAUUGCGUCCUUAAAGAUGGUGUUUCGAUUUAGGCGAAAAGUAAUAAUUAUCCUUUCCCCCAUUAAAUAGUAAUGUACAAAUUUAAACUGAAGUAAGUGAAAUGAGAGAGUGACCAAUCAAAAUGAAUAAGAAGAUAGGCAUAUUAACAUUCGUAGUACUCGCUUUAAAUAGUUACUGUACCUCUCACUGAAUGGAUUUAAAAUUGGACAUUUAAAUAAAAAAACUGCACAUAUUUCUAAACUGCUGACUGUAUAAUUAAAAAUAAAAAGCACACUUCUGAAGACAGAACAGAGUUUCGCCCAUAAAAAUACUUUAUUUUCUCUAAAGUUAAAAUAUUUAAUACUUUUUUAUUGUUCCUGAAACAUCACUGCAUUUUCUUACUAGAAUGUGAAGCAUAUAUAUGUGUUCAGAUUUUCAUGGCACUCCUUAUAAAACCGACACACACGUAAUUUAACCUGAAAAUUUGCAGUUUGUGUAAUUUCUGCAGCAAUGGGACACAUGCAAGAAAUCAGCGUCUUUCAUUUG